GUUUGGAGCGGUGUGCACAUGGGAUGUAGCCACAACGGGUCGCUAUGCACGGAGUCACGGCGUUUACGGGACUCUGGAUUAUUCUGGGAAAAGCUCAUUUGAUCCUCGGAGCCAUUCGGAUGUUGAUGAUGGAUGUUCCCAGCCCAACCACGCAAGGUGAAUCUGUGGAGCUGAUUUGCAGCUACGAACUAGACGAAGACAAACUCUAUUCCGUCAAAUGGUAUAAGGACGAUGUCGAAUUCUACAGAUAUGUCCCUAACGACUGGCCGCCGGGACAGUUUUUGCCACUUCAGGGCGUCAGAGUGGAUCUCUCAAAAUCUGGAAGCCAGUCGGUAUAUCUGCGCCAUGUUGAUCUCAACAGUGCUGGCACGUACAGAUGCGAAGUCUCCGCAGAAGCACCGGAAUUUCAAACUGUGGAAGCAGAAAAGCCAAUGAAGGUAUUUGUCUUGCCAACGGAAGGACCAACAAUUACAGGCGGUCGCUCUAAAUACAGGAUUGGGGAUACUGUCCAUGUGAACUGUACAUCAUCCAAGUCGAAACCAGCAGCCACUUUAAGAUGGUACAUCAAUGACGAACUGGCCACAUCGGACAGUGAGCUAGAGCAUUCGACCACCCUGCACUCGGACGGACUCGAGACCUCCAGCCUGAGCCUGAAGUUUACGGUGAACGAGAUGCACUUCAGGCGGGGCAAUAUGAAGCUAAAGUGCACGGCCACCAUCUCCCGAGUUUACACCAUGAGCAACGAGGAGCUCGUUUUUGGAUCUGGACUGCGCCAACAAGCCUCUGGGCUGCACAUAACGGAAAAGAGCAGCCACGUCCAAAACUCCUCUCCAAAGCUGCGUUCCGUCCACUGGAACCUGAGUUUGCUGCUGUGCGCAACUCUUUUGAAAUCUCUGCUCUUCAUCAGAUACGAAGAUCCUCAUGGAUGACGCUUGUAGAGUCCUUAAAGAAAAGAAAAUGUACAUUUAUCAAGUCUGUGAUAUAUUUUUCAGUGUUUGGAUCAAGUCUUCGACGUGCCUAUUGUGUUAUACAUAGAAUUGAUGUAUGUUGCUGACUUAAUUGUACAAAGACAGCGGACACUAUCUCAUUAUUUGUGAGAUGUAUCAAUAAUUGUAAAGUCUGUCCUCAAAGAAUUAUUCAAAUUUUUUGGAAGUUAAUAGAAUAACCAAAAUUUUGUACCAAAUUUAUGUAAAUGUCUAUAAAAUUGUCGAUUGUCAAAAAAAUUUGGUUUACUAUAGACGAUUUAUGAAUUUGUAUUUUGUUUCAUAUCUUCUGACUUGCUGCGAGUAUCAAUAAAAAUGCAACGUUUUUUCUCUCUGAAAAUUAGACGUCAUUGAACUAUCGGAAAAGAACGAUAAUUUCAUGGAUUUUAGAUUCAUCAUUUAAAAUUGUACUCAAACAUGUCUUGUUUCCUAUAUAAACGAAAACUAAUUUAAUUAAUAGCAUAAAUAUUCACUUAAACUGAAAUGAUUAUUCAUAGAAAAGCGAAACCUUUAAAAUUUUUCUGUA